CAAGGAGUUGACAGGAAGUUUUAAAAAAGUCUGUCAUCGGCACCUGUGUAGGACAAUUCACAUCCAAGAGUUGUUGUCAGUUUCAAGUUUUCUAAAGUCAAAAGAUGAGUUUUACUGUAACAGGGAUUCAGAGAAAAAGCCGCGGCCAACAAAAACAAGAGGACAGUUACAGUCGAGAUUUGGAGCAAGCUGUUGACGAGUUUGAAGAGGCUUUUGAACCGACACGCAGCGUCGCCAAACAGCGAUGGGACGCGGCCGUGAGCUCUACACGAAACAUGGUCAUAGCUCAAAUAGACUUGUACCAGUACAAACAGGAGGAGAUAGACGUUGAAGUACGUGACAUGAAGAUAUACGUGAAAGGACGGCACGUGACCGAGCGGGAAAAUGGCUACGAUGCGAGCGAAUUCGAGCGCUUCUACGCCGUCCCCGAGGGGGUGGACCCCAAGAUGGUGAGCACCCGUUACGCCGAUGGUAUGCUCAAAAUCGAAGCUCCACGUCCCAAGCGUGAAUCAGCGCCUCGCAAGAUUGCCGGGGGGGAGAUAAUCAGCGACGACGAAAAAUUCGAGAUCGUCUUGGAUGUAAGAAACUACAAACCUGAUGAAAUUGAAGUGAAGGUGAGCGGAGAUGAUUUGAUUGUGACCGGAAAACAAGAGGUCGAGGAAAAGGGAAGAAGGGUGACAAGGCAGUUCACCAGAAACUUCAAAUUGCCGCGUGACGUGAACAUCAGGACGGUGAAGUCUCGAGUCAGUGUUGACGGAUAUCUGUACGUUUACGCCAGGAAGGAAACGACUUGGGAUGAGGAGAGAGUUAUCAAUGUUUUGGUCAAUGGAAGACGAUCACCCAUCACAAAGACCCAGGCUUACUACACAGGAGGGGAAGAAGAAUAGUGUUUUCUUAACUUAGAAACUGCACGAAAAAUCGAAGUAGGAAAUUAUAUUGCAUUUUAGAAGCUGUUGAAAACAAUUCUAUAACUGACUUGUAGAGAUUUUGUUACGUUUGUUGUUAGAGAUAACAUUGACAGUUAUAUUCUUGGUUUUAUUUGUGAA